AUGAUUGGCACCCAUUCGGGAAAAUUUCAUUGCGAUGAGUCUUUCGCGUGUUUUAUGCUCAAGAAGUUGCCGGAAUUCAAGAAUCAUAAAAUUGUUCGGAGUCGAGAUCCCGUUGAGCUUGCGAAAUGCGAUAUUGUGGUUGAUGUUGGAGGCGUUUAUGAUCAUGAGAAGAAGCGAUAUGAUCAUCAUCAAAGGGGCUUCACCCAUACAAUGAAAUCGCUGAGCAAACUGCAAUUCGAUACUAAGUUAAGCUCAGCGGGUUUGAUCUACGCCCAUUAUGGAAAGGAUGUGAUUCGAGAGAUUCUUGAGCACAAGGUUGAACCGACCACAAUUGAUUUAUUCUAUCAUCGUCUCUAUGAGAAUUUUGUCGAGGCCAUCGACGCGAUUGACAACGGAAUUCCGCAAUACGACGGUGUGCCGAGAUACCAUUGUCCGGGCAAUCUCUCAUCGCGAACCGGCCAAUUCAAUCCGCAUUGGAACGAGACCGACGUCGAUGCCGACGAGCGAUUCGAGCAAGCGAUGCAAUUCAUCGGAGCCGAAUUCGAGAGAAGCGUGAAAUAUUUGGCGAACGUCUGGUGGCCGGCACGCGAGAUAAUUGAGACGGCCGUUGAGCGGCGAUUCGAGAAUGACGAAUCGGGAAGAAUAAUUCUUAUUGAGAAUGGCGGAUGUCCGUGGAAAGAGCAUUUUUUCGAUAUUGAAGCGGAUAAUAAUCUCAUCGGCGAGAGAAUCACCUAUAUUUUGUUUCAAGACACGACGAAUCACUCGUGGAGAGUUCAGGCGAUUCCGACCGAUAAGAAUGCGGCGUUCGAGAAUCGUCUGCCGUUGCCUACCGCUUGGCGCGGAUUGCGCGAUUCGGAGUUGAGCAAAGAAAGCGGAAUCGAUGGCGGCAUUUUUGUGCAUAUUUCGGGAUUUAUUGGAGGUAAUGCAACUAAAGAAGGAGCUUUGGAAAUGGCGCGCAAGGCGCUGGAAAUUGGAGAACAAGAGAAUGUUGAAACUGAAGCCAAGAAAAUGAAGACGACAUGA